AUGCUUCUCCUCAAGAUCAUCCAACUCCUUUCUGCACAAAAUAUCAUCUUCUGUUUGAUUAGCGAACAGAAGUCUGAUUUGUGUGGAGUCAGUUGGGUCACGAAGGAUAGCGGCAAUGACUUGAAGCAUUGGUGUGAUUCCAGUUCCUCCGGCAAUCAUGGAAAGUUUCGUGAAGAAAAAAACAACAGAAAAUAUUAUAUCGACAAUACAAUGCCAUUGGAAUUGCGAGUAGAAACAUCCACCGAAGGAAGCGAAAGGGUUGAAGUCAUCGAGUGUUUGUGGAUCAAAGUAGUGUACCUUAUAGUUAUUUGCGAACCACUCCAGCAGAGGCAUUGUCUCGAUGAUUUCCAUAUCCUGUCCGGAUUCCUUAUCUGUGAAAUUGGUUUUGUCCUUUUCUUCAUCGGGUCUCAAAUUCAAAAGAAUAUCCUCAUUGUUCGAGUUCUUCAUCUUGUAUCGAAUAAUGUCCAAAUUUUCCCAGCAGAUGAGAAUUUCGACAGCUCCCAUCUCAAGAGCAGCAAGAGUAUCUUUCACUCCGAAAACGUACUUUCCGGUAUCUUGACUGAUCUCGUCGAAAUAUCCUCCGAUGAGUUUCUUCUCUUGAAUGAACUUCACACUAGCGAGAGUGUCGGCAGCCAGCUCAAUAGCCUGGUUGAAACCAUUUUCACCUCCAUAUGCAAUAUCGACAGUUUUGAUCAUUUUAGCUUGAAGUCUCUGGUCGAACAUAUCAGACUGGCCGAGUUCAGUCUUGAAAUCAGCACUACCCGCAAGGAUGAGUCCAGCAACUGUGACUUUGUCGUUUUUGAUGAACAUCUCGACGGCAUUUUCAGCUACUUUACGGACGUAAUUGUGACGCUUUUCAUUACGAAGACGAGCAAACCGAACAGCAGAUUGUCCUCCUCUUCCGUGCUUCUUUGGCAAGUCGACGGUAAAUUUGUGAAGAACUUCCCGAGUAUUUCCUUGAAGUGUUCCGAACAAGCAUCCGUUUCCGUCCAUGAUGAUAAAUCCGAAUUUGUUGUCGUCAGCAAGCAAACCUGGGAAAUCGAAACAAUGAUGAUUAUGUUUCUCAACAAUCGUUACCUUGAAGAGCUUCUGUAUGGAACUUAUUAUCGCAGAGAUGUGAUAGCUCCCAAAACGGACAGUCUGUUCACUCGCGAUUUGAUGUUCGAGGCGGUUCCAUACUCUUCAGCCAACAUUCUGUUGAUUCGAGCUACUUGA